CAUUAUGACCUCUGCAGCUGUAGUCACAGGAUUAUAUGCCUCUUAAUUCUUUCAUUUUCACAAUUAAUUCAAUAACCCCCCCCGAAAAAGGAUAUGCAUUACAUCACAACAUUUUAUCAACGACAAAUAUUAUCAACAGCCGCACUCUGUUUCGCAUUAGCCUAUGUUUAAGGUAAUAAUACAGGCUCGUUUCAAAGAAAAGUGAGACAAUACAACACAGAUAUAUCAAAAUAUAUCAUAAGAGACAAUCAUUUAUAUAUAUAGACAUAAAAAUAUUGAAAACAUUUAAUACAUACAUCACAAUGUUCAAUAUUUGCAUAACAAUAGAAACAUAAAUUGGAAACUGCUAACAAGUGCUGCAGUAAAACAUAAUCUUACUAUUUGCACAUGACUUACCUUUAAAACACUUUCUUGACAAAAUAUUCUUUACUCAGUGGUUAUUUAAUUUAUCAUACAAGUUCUUAACAUUCUCCAUUUGUUGAUGAAGAUCUUGAGAUGCAGUUAAAAGCUUCUGAAAAAGCUAGCAAAUUAACAUUAUUUUCUCAUCUCUUUGCUCCCAAAGUCAAACUAAACUAAAUUAAUUUUGUUCAAUUCAAUUUUAAUUGCUUCUUCAUUUUGGACAAAAAUGAUUGGUAAUCUAAUUACCAAUUGUGCAUGGUCUACUGAGAGUCAAUGGUUUGAAACAGCAACUGGAAAAUAUCAACACAUCUUUAGUAAUGUGACACUAAGGCACAUGAGUGGUGUGUACAUGCCAAGAGAGGCCUGUGAAAUAUUAAUGAGCAGGAAGGCCAGAAGCACGCUGGGCUGCAAUAACAGGUGCAAGCAGAGCGAUGGGGACUGUUGAGGAAACUCUGAAGUGUCCCGUCUGCCAGGAUUUCUUCACUGAGCCUGUUACACUCCAAUGCGGACAUGACUUCUGUCUCACCUGCAUCCAGGCUGUCUGGGAAACAGAUGUGUCCAGUGAGGGUCCUUUCUUCUGUCCAGAGUGUCAGAUAUUUCUGCCCUCCGGCCUGACGCUGAAGAUAAAUACCAGCCUUCAGACCAAAGUAAAGGACUUCACCGGUAGCAGGCCAUCUGCAGCAGAGCCACAGACAGCAGCUUCAGCUGAAUCAUCUUCAGCUGUCCACUGUGACCACUGCAUAGAGAUGCCAUCGGUCGCCAUAAAGACCUGUCUGACUUGUGAUGCCUCACUGUGCCAGGCUCACGCCCUCCUGCACCAGCAGAGAUCUGCUCUGAGGGAGCACACAGUGGUGGAGGUGACCAGAGAUCCACUGUCUCUGAAGUGCAGGGAGCACCGUGAUGAGCUUAAGCUCUUCUGCAUGGAGGAAAGAGUCCCUGUGUGCUGCUUAUGUGUCCUGGUUGGCCUGCACAAGCACCACAAAGCACUUCAGCUGCCUGAGGCUAGUGCAGACUUCAAGAAAAUGUUGGAGACCACCAUGAGCCACCUACUGAAGAGGAGAAGUGAAGCAGAACAUGCCAUCAAGGACUUGGAGUCACUGUAUACACAAACAGUGAAAUCUGCUGCAGACUUCAGGGAGAGAAUCUCAGAUAAGUACAGCAGAAUCCGUGUGGUGCUGGACGGUGAUGAGCGUCUGAUGAUGCAGAUCAUAGAUGCUGAGGAGACAUACAUGACAGAGUGGCUGGAGGCACAGAGGGGAAUAAUGGAAGCACACAUCAAAGAGAUAGACACUUUUAGAGCCUCAAGAAAAUCCCUCCUCCAGGAAACAAAUGAUCUGCAAUUCCUACAGCAAAUCACAUCACAGAACCUUUGUGAUCCUUUGGAUUUCGCACCAAUCCAGGAAGUAAACAGGGAUCUGUGUGACCCCGAGAAGCUGAGGACAGUAGAGAGACUAGUGGAUGACCUCUCAGUGGCUCUGUCCCAACACUUUCCACGAAUGUGGUCAUAUCUAAGUUCUCCUGCUUUAGACUCCAAAACAGCCCAUCCAAAACUGGAAAUAUCCCAGGACAGAAAACAGGUGCAGUGGAGACGGCAGCCUGUUGGUGAAAGACUGAACCACCAACCUUAUGACUCCCAGUACAGUGUUCUGGCUCAGGAGAGUUUUAAGAAAGGCCAGCACUACUGGGAGGUCAUUGUCCAGGACAAACCCUUCUGGAUGAUAGGUGUGACCACAGGGUCCAUCGAUAAAAAAAACAGUCCAAGUCAGAAUUCCUCCAGCCUGGGUGUGAACAACACAUCUUGGUGCCUCUACCACGGAGAUGGACGGUACCUGGCCUGUCAUGACACUCAGGAGAAGCAGCUGUCUGCUGCAAAGAGAGUCAAAAAGCUGGGCAUACUGGCCAACCUCCAGAAGGGGGAGCUGUCAUUCUACGAUGCUGACGCUUUUACUCUGCUUCACUCUUUCUAUGUGCAGUGUGCAGAGCCUCUUUACCCCAUGUUUAACCCUUGCAUUGACAUGAAUGGAGUGAAUUGGCAGCCUCUUACCUUGUUUUGGAUCAAGGACCCUUGGGAUUGGCAUGGAGACACAGAUGGGGAUAAAAGUGAAGAAACCCUUGAAUGACUGUUGUGAACAUGAAAUCAGUAAUUAUUCUGUUUUUGCUCAUGUAAAAUUACACGGUGGAAAUGUCCAACAUGCUGUAGAAGAUGUGUGUGUGUAAAAAUGACAUGACUAUCAUCAGUUUCACUGCCUUCUCCCUUGUCCCAGGUAAAACUCAAACCAUGAUCAGGGAAUAUAGUGUACCUUCGUCUGUAUAUUGGGAAGUUACUGCAUAGACUAGAUUGGACAAUUUAUCUUCUGGUUACUAGUGGGAAAGGAGAGCACAAUUUAAAUACUGUGUUAUGUAAUGUAAUAAUAUCACUAUAUUAUUGUGAUUUUAAAAUCCAGAUUGUUGUAGAAAGCUAUGAAGUAAGAAAAUAAUAUCUGAGAAUACAUAUUGUAACUUUUUAGAUGUCUAUCAGUGUCUACAGAUGUACAGUAAAUAUUUUAUUAGGUGGUAUCAGAUGCCCAGCACUUUUGUUCUUUGGCAAAGUCUGUGUAUUUGCAGCUUAGCAGCUCUCGAGUUUGACUCGAUGUAGUUCAGGAAGUAAAUGACCUGGGUGUAAACUACUGGCCUGCUCUUUGUGCAAACGUCCCCUCAGCUCACCGGACCAUUGAGAACAUGCGUGCCUUCAGUCUCACAUGUCAGUAGCCUACAGAGCUAUUGCCCUGCAGCAAACAAUACAGCCAGUGAGAUCAAAUAACAUGGCACUAUACUCCUGCAGAAGGGCAGGUCACAAGACUUAGCUCUGUGAUUUGCAGUUAUUCAUCCAACGUGGUUUUUGAAGGCCCGUAUUCACAAGUCAGGAAAUGAACAGGAACAU